CGCUCUGAGUUGUGUUCAUUUACGAUGUUUGGGUGGAAACUGGGGCCGCCCAACCACUCGAGCCAAAGCAUUUUGUAUAACAAAUGUUUUUCACCACUUUGGGCUAGGGGCCCAAUAUCUUUUCCUAGAAAAUGAUAUGUUUGAAUUGUUUCUGUUUAUAAUAAAGAAAACACGUUUUUCUAAGAAACUGCCUUAUUGUGAUAUUUUAUACAGAAAACUUGUCUCAAGUCCUUUACUUUUUCUGGACAGCAUCCACAGUUAACAUGAUCCAUGUCAACGUAGAGAUGUGGGUGCAAGAUGGGUGUAAGAUAGACGCUUCUUUUGAAACGCAAAGACUUAUCUCAUAUUCUCUUGAAGACCAUCUGUCCAAUGCACACUUACAGUAAAUGCACACACAUAGACACACAUAUGUACACACUAACGCCGCUCUGAGUUGUGUUCAUUUACGAUGUUUGGGUGGAAACUGGGGCCGCCCAACCACUGAGGACGGGGGACAACAUCUGUCCGCCAUCUUUGUCAGUGCUGCCAAGUAUUAUGGUGAGAUCCCUUUCGCCUCUCCGACUCUAUCCCUCACACCUUCUAUUUUUUCCCCUCCUACUCCACGCCACCCCUUUUCAUCACCCUGUCUCCACCCAUUUUGCAAAGCAAGCGGAGGUUAUUUGCGAUACUGCUGCCCCCCCUACCCUCCCACUACAGCCUAUUCUUUCUUCACUGUUUUUCUUUAAGAAGACGUACAUGUAUAUAGUUCCUUUUCCACCUCACUCACCCUCCGCUGUGCAUCGACCUGAAUACGAGCUACUGUCUUUUAUUCAUUAGUGUUUAUCAUUUGUUUUUGCAUUUUUAAGCUGUAUUUUUGUAUUGACAUAAACAGCAUAAGACAAUAUUGUUUUGCAUAUUUAAUGUUCUAUCUAUUAGCAGCUAAUCCUCAUGUUGCUUCUUUCCCACAGGAAACGCUUGCAGGAGUAGUUUACGAUGACUCUCAAUGUGCCGGGUCUGGUGGUGAUGGCAGUAUUCUACCUGCUGAUCUUGGGUAUAGGCAUCUGGGCCUCCUUUCGCUCCAAGAAGCAGGAAAAGAAGUGCACAGGAAAUGGCAUGGAGAUAACGCUACUGGCCGGGCGCAACAUCAACUUGCUUGUUGGCAUCUUCACUCUGACUGCUACAUGGGUGGGUGGAGGCUUCAUCCUCGGUAUAGCUGAGGCGGCAUACAACCCCACACUAGGCGCAGUGUGGGCUCUGAUGCCUGUGCCUUAUGUCCUGACCUUCUUCUUAGGUGGGUUUUUCUUUGCCAGGCCAAUGAGGGAGAACAGAUAUGUGACAAUGAUGGACCCUUUCCAGCAGAAGUAUGGGAACGUUAUGAGCAGUUUGCUGAUCCUUCCCGCUCUAGUGGCCGAUGUUCUAUGGGUGGCGCGCACACUCGUCAGCCUGGGUGGAACAAUGAGUGUGAUCCUGGACCUGCCCUACCUCUACUCCAUCAUCAUCUCCUCAGUGGUGGCCAUAGUCUACACACUGAUGGGGGGGCUCUACUCUGUGGCCUACACAGAUGUAAUCCAGCUCAUCCUCAUCUUUUUCAGUCUGUGGUUGUGUGUCCCUUUCCUGAUGACAAACCCUCACUCUUUGGACAUCUCACUGACAGCCUACAACCAGACCUUCCAGGCUCCCUGGGUUGGCACGGUGGAACUUGAUCAGGCCGGAAAGUGGUUUGAUGACUUCAUGCUGCUGGCUCUGGGUGGUCUUGCCUACCAGGCGUUCUACCAACGAAUCCUGUCCGCUUCAUCUUACACCCAGGCUCAAGUGACCUGCUUCGCCUCUUCAGGUUUCUGCCUGGUGCUUGGUAUCCCUUCCAUUCUGGUGGGGGCUGUGGCUGCGUCUACAGACUGGAACUCAACCGCCUAUGGAUUGCCCACCCCAUAUGAGCGCAACCAGGCAGGCUCCAUCCUCCCCAUCGCCCUGCAGUACCUCACACCCCCAUACAUCUCCAUCAUUGGCAUUGGAGCAGUAGCUGCUGCCGUCAUGUCUUCCAUGGACUCAGCUCUUCUGUCCUCCGCAUCAUUAUUUUCCUCAAAUAUCUACAAGAACAUCCUCAGAAAACAGGCGUCGGACAGUGAGAUGCAGUGGGUGAUCCGUAUCUCGGUGGUGGUGGUGGGUCUGGCCGGCACUGGCCUCACCUUUCUGGACAGCAGCGUCCUGGUCUUCUGGCUGGUGGGCGUAGAUAUGUCCUACACCAUCAUGUUCCCACAGCUGGUCUGCGUCCUCUUCUUCAAGGUGUCAAAUGCAUAUGGAGCCCUCAUUGGCUUCAUGAUGGGAAUCAUCUUAAGGUUCAUGAGUGGUGAGCCCCUCAUUGGCCUCCCUCCUCUCAUCGAGUUCCCCGGCUACCGACUGGACGCUGAAGGAAAGCAAACCCAGUACUUCCCCUUUCGCACCGCUAUCAUGAUGUUGUCGCUAUUUUCCAUCCUGCUCUUCUCCUGGCUUGCAGCCAUCAUCAUCAACAAAGGUCUGCUGCCCGAGAAAUGGGAUGUAUUCAAGAUCAAUCGCAAGCGAAAACCAUCAGCCGGAGCUGCUGAGGCCGAGAAGGCCAAGCAGGCUAAGGAAGGAGUCUCAGAGGCAAAGCAGCUACUGGACAAUACCACCAGUUUCUGAACUGGCUAACGAGGACGGAGAGAGGAUGGACAUAGGCUGAAGGCGGACAUGUUUGUGCGCCUGCUAAGCAGGAGUUCACAGAGGGGGAACAACAACAAAGGCUAGACAAUAUGUACACAUUGUGUGCAGUAUAACAGUGAAUAUGCAAUGACAUUUAAAUUAGUAGAGGUUGAUCUGAGCACCUUAUUUCAUCAGUUGCCUUAUUGUCUUGUACAGAGAACACAGUAAAACUAGGCUCUGAUUUGUUCAGUUCAUCGCGCUGCGGCAACACAAAAUACAGAGUCAACCCAACAAAUGAUAGAUUUAAAUUCUUAAACAAAAGAACACAACAAGCCACCUGCCUCUGUAUUUACUGAAUUAUCAAGAAUCAGUUUGACUCGAGUGUGACCGCCAGGGAACGGUGUACUGUACUGAAAAAGCCUAGCCUCUUCCUCAGUUUGAAACUCCGUCCAAUCCAAAGAAAGUGAGUGCCCUCCGCACUGUUGCGGUGCAUUUUCUUUUAGAAAGAUGUAUUAUUAUUUACCCAUUUAUUUGAAUGUGACUAAAUAUAUCUACCUUUCUCUAGCUCGAGCUCGACUUAACAGCACCUUUAACAGCACCUUUACUUAGUUAGUAUUAUAUUUUCUAUAUUUAUCACCUAAAAUGAUACACACAAGUUUAGUUUAUUUACACUCAUUUUAGGCACAUCUCUUUUCAGCAGUUCAUACUCCUAAAAGGUGCUUCUCCAUAUUUGUAAAAAUGCAUCUAUGCAGGGAGAGGAUAACCAUAUAUUACAUGAUAAGAUAUAUUUAAGCUUUUCGAGCAACUUUUACCUCCAUCCCUCAAAUGCUACUCCAUAGACACCAGCAAGUUUAAGAAUGUCGUUUUUUAACUGCCCAGGUAUGGAUUAAAUAGAACCCCCCUGCCUGACCGCUGAACUGCCCCGCAGUGCAAAUUCUGUCGACCUUGCCAUGCAAGAAAUAACAAUAAUUAAAAACAGCAACCAAACACAUUGACGAAAGUGACCCAAGAUCUUCUUAUAACUAUUUAUAUCAAUAAUAAUACCUGUUUUGCCAGAUAUAUACCUCGCUUUUCUCCUCCUGAAGUUUCUUCUCCGUCUUUUAGUACGUGUGGAUGGAUGAGUCUUUUAGUUUUUCCAUGACUUUGUAAUCUAUUGGGUUUUUUUUUCUUUUAAAGCUGUAGUUUACAGUGGGAUCAUAUUAUUUUUCUGAGGUGGUGAAAAUAUUUGCAGCUUAUAUCCUGAAAAUGUACAUUAAUGUUUCACAAUAGAUUGAACUGACUUUAAAUGAUUGAGUUUUGUUAAAGAGCAAAUUGUUCAAAGACACUCGUGUUUAUUAAUGUAUUGUUCUGUUUUACUGAGCAUACAUUGUGGCCUGCAGUCAGAGGACCUGUUGCUCAAAAUAUCACUGGAAGCUGCUUUCGAUUGGCUGUCAGUGGCCUAUGCUGGUCGUCCUAAAAGGGGUGUAUACUCUUGUCACUAUGCAAAUGCCUCAUGGAGUGGUUAUGUCGGCUCUAAGUAUACAAAACGUUAACCUAUUAUUCUGACUUCUAUCCUAAGCAUACGGUAUGAAUGCCAUUUCCAAAAUCUGAUUGUACAGAAUGAACUGUUCUCAAAAAAGGACGCAUUCAGACACGAUGCAUCCAUGUUUUUCUGUGUGAUUUUGAUCUUAUUAACUGUACAGUUUAAUCAUGAUAUGUAUAUUACACAUUACAUGUUGUAUCAAAGUUGAUUGCAAAAACGUGUUUUAUUUUAAGUUAGCAACAUUUAAAAAGAAAAAAAUUAACUUCGAUUUUGCAGAACAUUUUACCCUCAUAAUCUUCUAAAUCAAAAGGAGGCAGAUUUAUGUUUUACCAGUGAUUUUGAACAGUAUUUUCCAUGUCACAGAAGUAGCAUAUUACAAACGUCAUAGCCAUUUACAAUGCACACACCUACCUGACCGUUUCUCCUGACAUAAUGUGCAAGCUUUAGUUGUAAGGAAUGACAAAGCCUUAUUAAUGAUGUGCAUGUGCUGUCUAUUGUCAUAUGUGCAUUUCAUUACAAUUUGUGGAGAAGUGUUUAUUAUAAAACUGAACAGUUUUAUAAUAAUUAAUAUAAAACUGAACAGUUUUAUAAUAAAGCAUGAAUAGGUGGUGAGUUCUAUAUUGUAUUUUCCCCUAUUAUGUAUUUGGUUUUAUACUAUCAUGCAUGUUGACUUUCAGUAACAGAGUUGUUUGUAUAUUGAACUUUGGUCAUGGCUGUUUUACCUUGCAACUUGGCAAGAUCCUACUUUGUAAUCCAUUAUUGUAAAUCCCCAUGGGGUGAUGUUCUGUCAGAAUAAAGGCUAAAACCAAA